CGAACGAAAACGUCAGUCAUCGUGCCUUGUGAGCUUCAUUUUCUGCGAGAGAGUGCAGUCGCGAGUACGGAAAUGAAAGAAACGUAGCGUAGAAUCUGUAGCUUUUCAACACCGCUCAACACUUGGCCUGUUUAUGCCACAAGCGCUGACCUUUGGCCGGAACGCGUCAACAAAGUGAUAUCGCGACGGAAUAACCCAAACGACGGCGCACAAGCAUGGCCUCAAAGCGGAAGCCGAUCCACACACAGCCGAACGCGUCACCGCGACCAAACAUGAACUUCCGGCCCGGGAUGAACGAUACGACGGCCCGAGCGGAGGCCAAAGGAACCCGUCCGACGGCAACGCCGACAUCGAUCCGUGAGGUGCUCACGAUGAUGGUGCUACACGUUUGCAAGAAGAUUAUCUUUUUCGACACAAAUUUGAAAGUGCCGCUGUAUUUGGGCAGUUUGUUCUUCGUUUCGUUGAUCGGAGACUUUUUGCCCUAUCCCAAGACGUAUCUGGCCCGGUCGGACAAUCUGUUUAACGUGUACUUUGUCAAAAUGGGCUGGGCGUGGACGUUACUGUUCUCGUUGCCCUUCCUAGCCAUGUCGUCGGUUACGAUCUGCUGUGGGGAUCAUCAGCGACUGGUCCGGAACCAUCUGCCACGGUUGGGGAUCGCCACCGGGUUCUGGUUCGUGUGGACCAAGUUUUUCAACAUCAUUGAAUCCUCGUAUGGACGCUGCAGUGUGCGGGGAUUCGACUCAAAGUCGAGCUGUCUGAAGGCCGGUCAUCUGUGGAGCGGAUUCGACAUCUCCGGACACGCUUUCAUCCUCAUCUAUUCCAGUUUGGUGCUGAUGGAGGAAGCACGAACCAUAAUCGGUUGGGAGAACAUCAAGGAACAUCUCCGCAACGAGGAGUUCAACCGAGCCAGGAAUGACAACUCGCAAGGAAUCAACCCGCUGAAAAGCCUGAAAGAUGAUGACUUGAAAGCCCUCAAGUACUUCUACAACCGAUUCACCCCAACCAUUCGGUUACUCUUCAUCGGAAUGACCAUGCUCCAGCUGCUGUGGGACAUUAUGCUCGUCGGAACGAUGCUCUACUACCAUCGCAUGGUCGAAAAGGUCAUCAGCGGAAUCAUCGCCGUCCUGACGUGGUUCAUCACGUACCGAGCCUGGUACCCCACCCAAUCUCUCCUUCCCGAUCCGGUAGGCAAAGGUCUUUUCAACUACGCAACCUUAGCCAAACCCGAAAUCGGACUCCGGCGAAGGGCCAGUCUACUCCAAGCCGGAUCGUCCCAACAGCAGGACGUACCCAAGUUCAUGGGUAUGCCGCUGUACGCCGCCCGCCAGCAGCAGCAGCAGCAGCAGAACGCCGCAAACUUUGGCGGACUGGCCCAGCAGGACGCACAGGCCGCUGCAUCGUCGGCAGCGUUUGUAAGUACUUCCGGUUCCUUCAACAUCAACCGGCUGGGGGGAGGCGGUGGUGCCCUUGGUGGGGGUAAUUUUGAUGGCAGCAACGCGGCGACUUACUCGCGCUUUUCGGCGAGCGCCCAACGCAGCCGGUACGAGCAAAGGUACGAAUAGUUGCGGGGAUGUUGAGGGGUAAUCUUUGUUUUAACUGUAAAUAAGAAAGUUUUUUUAAACUAUAGCUGGUCACUUUGUCUCACUUGUGUGCGGAGAGAUUGAAAAUCGACUGGUCACGAUAAAAUUUAAUGGAAUAUUAAUGAAUCAAUACCAAGAAAAGCAAAAUAAGUUAUAGUGAAGUUUUGGGCUAAUGUGGAUUUGUAAACAAGCAAAAACCUCGAAACGAAAAUAAAAUGGACCGAAUGGACCAAUAAGCAAAAAAAAAACUCAUUAAAAUAUUGAAAAAUGUCUAAAUUAUCCAGAUUUUCAAGUGAAGACUGCGUUAC